CAAAUGGCGUGAGGGUUAAAAAGCAAACGCUCACUGUCGUGUCGUGCCAUGCGCCCGUCGCGCACCUCGUCGACUGUGACCGCGCGCAGGACGCGUUUGGGACUAAGUUAAACUCGCGUUUGCUUGCACAUUGUCCACAUGCAUUUAGCGCAAGUGAGAGAUGUACCUGGGAAAUAGUGAAUCGGGUUAAGUGGAUGUGAAUGUAUACUGACUGGGGGUUGGGUGUGCUGUGCCGAUUGGUCGCUCUCACCAGCACACACACACACACACACACACACGCAGUCAGUCAGGGCUUGUUUUAACACACACAUACAACCAGGGGCACUCGGAAAGCGGGGCAAACAAUCAUGUAUUUUAACAGAAAUCGUGGCCGCUGAAAAACGUGCUUUCGAUGCAUUGACGUGGUGCUUCGGUGGAAGGUGACAGGCGCUCAGUUUCAUUCUCGUUUAUUUAUUAAUCUCCAUUUUUGAUGUUGGAGAGAGAAAUGAGUGCCGAGGCCGGGCCUACUGGUGCAAAUGCUGCUGGGAUUUUGCAGAUCCGCUUUCACAAAUUUACAAAAAGUAACGCUACAUGCUCGAAUUUGAAGGGCUUUCCGGUGGUUUUGUCGUGACCGAGUCGUAAAUGGAUGGAGCCAUGAAAACAUGAAUCAGUCCUACAAAGUGGCCGGCAGGGAUGGCUCGGAGUGUCGUGGUGAUCCACAGGAGACCAAGGCGCUUGAUAGCCGCAUCAGCUCCUGUGGACACCAGAGCACAAAGCGACAGGGGGACCAGGGGUCUGCCAUGCAUUUUUUAAAUUCUGGCUACAAAUUCUCGGCAUCGUCAUUUGUGUACAAUCAGAGAGAAUCCACCAACUAUAGUCCGCUGAGGAGACUUCAGGAUCUGACCACUAUGGUGAACCAUGCCGACAUGAGUUUGCAGGACAAGGAAUUUCACGGACGAAGUAAAUUGCUUGUGCACAAUCCCAUCGGCGGAGCAGAGUUCGGAAUAGGCCUUUAUCACACGUCCAGUUCGCAAGGAAACACUGACCGGACUACUAUUCAGGAUCUGGACAAAAAUGGUUUCUCACCAGUGAGCUCUGAUAGCUUGGAACAUUUUCCAUCCAUCUCAAAUGGAUUUUUGCAUUUUGAGUCAACCUUGUUUGACAGUGGGGACAGCAAGGAUAAUGAUGAGGAGGAGCAUGAUAGGAGCAAUGCGGUGGCACCGUUUAAAGACGCCUCAAAGAAAUGCCAGAAACGAAAUCUGGCAAAUGCAAAGGCUCCUAGCAGCCACAGGCUGGACCUAAGUACAAACAAACAUGGAAGUUGUAACCUUGUAUCUAAAAAUACAGCAAAGUCUAACCCUCCUGGUAGCCCCUCACAUUUGCCUGUCGAGGCCAUGAUGGAGGAUUUUGAUAGCAUGGAUGAUUAUUCAGACAGUGACUGUGAUCUGCCCAGCACUGAGAACAGUGCAUCAAUAUUCAACUCUGGUCUCUCUAAAAGACCAAAUUCAUCCAGUGACUCCCAUUCAAAUCCUUCCAACAGCCCAAAGAAGAAGCAGCUCCCAGGUAUAAAGUACUCUGUUGAAGAUGUUGUGUGGGCCAAAUUCAAUCGCAGACCCUGGUGGCCCUGUCAUGUAACCACAGACCCACAGAUUGAUGUCCACACCAAAAUGAAAGAUCCCAGUCGCCGGCCAUGUCGUCUCUAUUUUGUCAGGAUGUUUGGGGAGAUCGUAGACCAAGCUUGGGUCCCGGCAAAAGCCACGUUUCCUUUUGAAGGAGGUCAUCAGUUUGAAAAACUGCCUGUACUUCGACGAAGAGGAAGACAGAAAGACAAAGAUUACAAAUACACGGUUCCCAAACGUCUAAUGCCAUCAUGGAAAGCUAGUGUCUUGGAAGCAGAGGCAGCACUGACCAAACGGUUAAAUAGUGAACCUCCAUUGACUUUAAUUCGGGAUGUGCACAUGCCUGUUUCCGAAGACAAGGCACCAAAAAUUCCUGCUUGCCCAAUCUCUACUACACAGUCAACAUUAUCAAGCUCGCUUUUGUCCAAUGGACUAGAUACAUCCGUUAAGAACAAAGGAAAACCUGGUACUGGAAGCAAAAAGAAGCCAACUAAGAAAAACAGCUCAACUGUAAAAUCUCCUGUGAAACUAACUGAAUACUCUUUAUCAUCUAAACCAUUAUCAAACACUUCAUCAGACUGCUACAAACCUUCCACAGCCGCUGAACGGCACAAACCAGACCCCAUAGAUAGUCCUUAUUCAGAUAUUGACUCUGUCCCGAGGAUUCUGUGUCCCAAACGUUCACAGCAAUUGCCACAGGAGGAGGUGGUGAAAGAACUGAGCACUAAACAUAAGAAAGUACAGCCAAGUAAAAAGAUAAAAAAGGCCAACGUGGAUAAGCCGGUGAAGAAGACAGAGGUUGGUUCAAAAGGCACAGCCAACAGUAAGUUAAAGAAGUCAACUCCCAAAGAAAAAACACUUAGGGCUACAAACUCCAGACAGAAGGAAAGCAGUUCCCCAGGGUCCUCAGAUGGGUCUUUUGCCAUGCACUCUUUCUAUUUUCCUGCCAGCAGUGGCUUAAUCUCAAGAGCACUUGCCGCCAGUGAAGAAACCAAGGAGAAAGAUUUAAGUCAGGAGCCAAAAUCUUGCUCACCGUGUGCUGGCGAUGAACACUCAGAGUUUUACAACAAGUGCUCACCCCCCACCAACCAUUCGGAGUUGUCAAAACAACAAUGGCAGGUAAAAACGGAGUCCAGCGAAGAGGCAUCCGUGGACUCUAUCUCCCACACACCACCAAACCCAACUCUUAAGUUUACAAGAAUCCGAAAUGAGAAAAAGGAUAUUCAGAAUGGACCUCGACAUAAAGGCUCCAAGUCAGAUGUGACUGAAUCCUCUUUCAAUUUCGUUAAAAUCAAAAACGAGAGCAUGAUCUCAGACAUUUCAUCUUCGUCCUUCCCGUCUCCCUCGAUCUCUCCCAUGGACGCUUUUCAGGAUAUUAAGGAGCUUUCUUUCAGGUCUCUUGUCAAAGAGGAAUGCAGCUCAGGAGAACCUUCACUCCGUGCGGAUUCAAACUACAAAUUCAGCACUUUCCUAAUGCUCCUGAAGGAUCUGCAUGACAGCCGGGAGAAGGAAGGGAAACCUUUAACCCUUCCUCCCACAUCUCCAUCCUCUCUCAUCAGGGAAGAACCUUCUCAUAUUCCAGCUGGAGAAGAAACAUUAAAUAAGGUGUCUUGUGAAAAGGCUAUUGUGGAUCAGAACAGUCGGCAGGAAAAAACAUUAACGCCAAACAGCUCAAAACAGAGCAAAGCUAAGUCAAAAUCUUCUGUGAAAAAGGAGGCGCAAAAACACGAUGGUGGGAUCCAUUUAGUUAAAAAGCAAAACUCCUCAGUAGGUUUGGAUGCACUUGAAAAGAGUUUGCCUUUGUUAGGGGAACUUUCCAAUUCUCACCAUGAUGCUGUUCCUGUUGUCUGUGGCAAAGGCACCAUCUCAAAGGUUGCUCCUAAAAAGCGAUGGCAAACAUUUGAGUCUGACAUGGGGAAAAGCACCAAGCCAAAGAGCGAUCCGGUUAGUUUGAAUCAAGAUGUAGUGAAGGAGUCCACGGAGCUAAAUGGGGUUUUCAAAGACAGUUUUGAAGAAACUGCUCAUUCUGACAUCCAAGAUAAAAAAGAUGCUUCAGAAAAUAAAAGGCUCAGAAAACCAAGCAAGAGGCUGAUUGAAAGCAGUGAUGCAUAUGAACAAGUGUUUUCCACAAAGAAAAAAGCUAAGAAAAGUCCUGAGUCCUGUAAAAUGGGAUCUUUGAUCGCCAACACUAAUGCUGAGCAGCCAGGACCUGAGCAGAUCGCGUCUGAUGCUUUAAGCUCUUCACCUGAAAAAACCCAGCAGGCCGCACCAGAGGAACCGAAAGAAGCAGCAGAUGGUCUCAUAUCACCUUUACAACCAUUAUCGCCAUCCUGUGGAGGCCCAUCGCUAAAUAGAGAGUCAUGUGAGAAGAAACCUGCAUCCUCAGAUAGAAAGAGACCACGCAAAAUAGUGCAUCAGAUUCUAGACUGCACCGUUGAGGGGGAUUCUGUUAAAGUCCCAAAGAAAGAAGAGAGAAAACAAGAAAGUAACAGCCCAAAUGAAUCAGAUCUCGAAGAUUUGCAGAAACAUGAAGAAUCUGAACCUAAGCCAUCAAGUCCGUGUGCUGCAUCAGCAACACAAAGUGAAGAUGAAAUAAGAACAUCGUCUCCAAUCCAGCAGGAAACCCCCAGUGUCUGCCAGAUCCAGCUUGAAGAAGAUCAUUGCAGUCCAUCAAAGCCUCAGGCAAAGGAGUCACACACAAAUGGCGAAGACUCCCUGAUCUCUGAGGUUUUUGGUGCAGGACUGAAUGAUAGUGCUUUUUCAAGCAGAGAUUCUCUAUCAGGUGACUUAUCAGCACUCUCAACCAAUAGAAAAUCAGGGGAGAAAGGUGGAGGUGCUUCGUUGAAGGAGAAUGUUUGCCAGGUAUGUGAGAAAACAGGUGAACUGCUCCUCUGUGAGGGGCAGUGCUGUGGUGCCUUCCAUCUGCAGUGCAUCGGCCUCACUGAGACACCUCGAGGCCGCUUUAUCUGCCAGGAGUGCAAGACGGGUGUGCACACAUGUUUUGUGUGUAAAAAGCCUGAUAAGGAGGUCAGGAGGUGUAUGAUCCCUGUGUGCGGGAAGUUUUAUCACAUGGAAUGCAUACUGAAAUAUUCCCCCACCGUGGCUCAGAACCGCGGGUUCCGCUGCUCCCUCCACGUCUGUCUGGCUUGCUUCAUCACUAACCCGGCCAACCCUGGGAUCUCCAAAGGCCGUUUGACCCGCUGCGUCCGCUGCCCUGUGGCCUACCACGCUAAUGACUACUGUAUGGCUGCCGGCAGCGUCCCAUUGGCCAAUAACAGCUUCCUGUGCCCCAACCACUUCACUCCACGCAAAGGGUGCAAAAACCAUGAACACAUCAACGUUAGCUGGUGUUUCGUGUGUUCUGAAGGAGGAAGUCUGCUCUGCUGUGAAUCUUGCCCUGCUGCCUUUCACCGUGAGUGUCUGAACAUUGACAUGCCCCAGGGAAGCUGGUUCUGUAACGACUGUCGAGCAGGAAAGAAACCCCACUACAAGGACAUUCUGUGGGUCAAAGUGGGCCGCUACAGGUGGUGGCCCGCUGAAGUGACUCAACCAAAAAACGUUCCUGAGAACAUCUACCGCAUGCGGCAUGAGGUGGGAGAGUUUCCUGUGCACUUCUUUGGCUCCAAAGACUAUGUGUGGACCUAUCAGGCUCGCUGUUUUCCCUACAUGGAAGGGGAUGCCAACAAUAAGGAAAAAAUGGGAAAGGGUGCAGAUGCUGUCUAUAAGAAAGCUUUAAAUGAAGCAGCUGAAAGAUUCAGGGAACUUCAGGCAGAAAAGGAGAUGAGGCAGCUUCAAGAAGACAGGAAGAAUGACAAGAAACCGCCACCAUACAAACACAUUAAGGUGAACAAACCGAUAGGGAAAGUGCAAAUCAUCACAGCAGAUCUGUCUGAGAUCCCACGCUGCAACUGCAAAGCCGAGGACGAGAACCCGUGUGGCAUUGACUCGGAGUGCAUCAACCGCAUGCUAAUGUACGAGUGUCAUCCUCAAGUGUGUCCAGCAGCGGAGCGCUGUCAGAACCAAAGCUUCACCAAACGCCAGUACACCGAGGUGGAGAUCUUCAGGACGCUGUCACGUGGUUGGGGUUUACGCAGUGUGUCUGACAUCAAGAAGGGAGCUUUUGUGAAUGAGUAUGUUGGAGAGGUCAUUGACGAAGAGGAGUGUCGAGCCAGGAUUAAACAUGCACAGGAGAACAACAUCUGCAACUUCUACAUGCUCACACUGGAUAAGGAUCGGAUCAUAGAUGCCGGGCCGAAGGGAAACCAAUCACGUUUCAUGAACCACAGCUGCCAGCCGAACUGUGAGACGCAGAAGUGGACGGUGAAUGGAGACACCAGAGUCGGGCUGUUUGCUUUGGAGGAAAUUCCCACAGGUGUUGAACUCACUUUUAACUAUAAUUUGGAGUGUCUUGGUAAUGGGAAGACGGUGUGUAAAUGUGGAGCGUCCAACUGCAGUGGAUUCCUUGGUGUCAGACCAAAGAAUCAGCCCACAUCUGAUGACAAGGUGCGGAAACUGAAAAAGAAGGUUGGGGCGAAGCGUAAGAGCCAGCUGGAGGUCACCAAGGAGCGAGAGGAUGAGUGUUUUUUCUGUGGUGAUGGCGGGCAGAUUGUGUCUUGUAAGAAACCUGGCUGCCCCAAGGUCUAUCAUGCCGACUGUCUCAAUCUGUCCAAGAGGCCUGCAGGCCGCUGGGAGUGUCCGUGGCAUCAGUGUAACGUGUGCAGAAGGGAGGCGGCAUCCUACUGCGAGAUGUGUCCCAACUCUUACUGCAAACAGCACCGUGAGGGAAUGCUGUUCAUAUCCAAACUGGAUGGCAAGCUGUCCUGCAGUGAUCACGACCCAUGCGGCCCCGAUCCUCUGGAACCGGGUGAAAUUCGAGAGUAUGUGCCCGGUACACCUAUCCUAAGCCCUCCACCCAAUAUGGCUGUGUCGGGCAGGAUACCCCCGCCUGCCUUACCUCCUGUUGCUCCGCUCUUCAUUCCCGCCCCCAACAGAUCCGCGUUCCAAACCCAAAGAGACCCUUAUGCAGACGAGGUAGUGGACAACUUGGUUUUGCCAUCCUCUUCUCCUUCUAAAGAUAUUAAGGAGGAAGAUAUGAGUGAUGAAGGCGAGGUGAUGGAAGGGGUGAUCGGGGACGAAGGGGAAGAUGAAGGCCUUGAAGUUGUGGAUGAUGAUGAGGACGAUGAGGAUGAUGAUGAUAAUGAUAAUGAUGAUGAUAAUGAUGAUGAUGAUAAUGAUGAUGAUGAUGAUGAUGAUGAAGAAAUGGACUACGGAGGGAUGGGAUUCGAAGACGAGGAGGAGGAAAAGGAGGAUUGGGGAGAUGAAUAUGUGAAUGAGGACUUCGAAGACACCGAGGACUUAGGGGAAGUGGAGGGAGACGACCAGGAAUCAUCAUGGGAUGAGUUUGUCGAAGGAGAAAAGUGAGCCCUCCUGCAUUUUGGCUGACACCCAUCUCUUGCACACAAACUCUCUCUGAUAGGCACAGCAGGUGACCUGUGGGGAAAGCCGACCGCUGUUUUUUCCGGUCUGUGCCCAGAACAUUUGAGAACGAUGGACAUGUUGAUGUCGGUAUCAGCUUGCCUUCUCAACCCAAGUCCUCUUGGAAAAAGUCCAUAAAGAGGGUUGGACCUGGUGCUGUGGGACUGUGAUUUUGUUUUCAGUCCUUUUGUUGGAAUAUAAUUAGUGUCUGGUGCUCUUUUGUGCUUUUUUUUGUUUUUAUAUUUUCCUCCUUGACUUGUUUACAUUCUCAGAUCUAAAUAGAAAGAUGACCUCACGGAGGAUUGAAACGGGGCACCAACAAACCAUACAGUUGUGUCUUAUUAACAAAAUCUGCAUAGAUUUUGUUUACGCUUCAUUGACAAAGAAAAGAGAACAUAAAGCAGCAGAUAACUAAUGUUUAGUCCCUUCACCGGGUAAAUACAGUGACAUAGCUACAUUGUUAGGCCAAAAAUGGCUCCACGGGUCACGGUACUUGAAAUGAUUUCUUCAGGUCUGUUUGUUAGUAUCACAGAGUGGCUACAUGAAAAUGAAUAAUAAGCAUCCUAGUACAUUUUGUUAGCUGAUUUGUUAAUAAAAAAAAAAAAGUACUACUAUCAAAAAGGACAAGUAUGACAUUCCCACCAUCAUCUUGCUUCAUUUCAAUCAUGCACUUUUUGUUGCAUUUGUGUUUCUGUCAUUUUUGCUUUAGACAAUUUGUCGAGACUAAAGAAACUUAGUAGUUUUAAGUUUUUCGUGAAGUCUAGAUGAGUGAUUGUAUCACCUUUCAUUCUCCCAUGUUUGUGGCCUUUGAGUCUUGAAAGCUUUUAGGAAAGAUGAGUUUGUACUUUGAUAUGAUGGAUGUUACAUAAGGCCUGUUUGUAGUUUCCCUAGUUACUUAUAUUCAACCACCAUCUGAAAAUACUGUUUAAAAAAUUUCCAGAUGCCUCAUUGGAGUAACCAUUGAGAAUGUCCGAGACCCCUCCCCCUCCCAUGUUGUGUUACAAAUCUGCGGGUUAUAUUUUCCUGCUGUUUGUAUUUGCAUGUGUCUAUGAGCAGGUUAACUUCAAAAGGUGCCUCUGAAUGUUUUGCACUCUUUCAGAGAUCAGGAGAAAUUUAAAGCGUCUUUUAUAUUGGUGAUUCCAAGCUGUUCGUUCAGCAUACUGUGUUUAUCUGCCUGAUAAAACAUGUUAAUGCAGUUCGUUGUUGACUGCUUUGUCAUCCUCUAUACAAACGCAAGCAAUCACGUUUAUUUAGGGGAAGCAGACAACCCCUUAAAAAUGCAUAUUUAGCCACACAAAUGCCCUAAAUGAUUUUAUUUCAUUACAGAUAUCAUACUGGAGUCUGUGUUUGUUUUCAGUUGUCCUAUAUUGGUUUAAUUUUUCGCAGCAUUAUGAUAUGAACCUAUAUGAAAAUAUCCCUCACCAUCACUUGAUUCUCAAAAAUUAUGAAAGCACCUUUUAUUUGAAAUAUCAUUGUGCACCAGGUACAAUUGCUCGAUUGGAAAAACUGCCUCAUGUAAUGAAGUGGCGUUUAUAUUCGGAUAACUUUUUUGGAAUGUGUUCCCAUCACAGAUAUUGUACAAUAUUUUUUAAUGCCUUUAGGCCUUUACACUCAUAAUUUUUGGUUCUGUAAUUUUGCAACCUAAUCAUGCGGAUGCUUUUUUAAAAAGCGUUUUUUAUUUCUUUAUCAUCAUCAUCAUCAUCAAAAACCUUUGUACUUCGCUUAGCUCUGUGUUUCAUACUUUUUGUCUCUUUGUAUUUAUGGUCUUUGUAUAAUCUUUUUCACUCAUUUUUGUGUUCGUUGUUUCUUGUAUGUUUGUUAAAUCUGCUGCUGUGUUUCAGCGCUAUGGGCCCUUGACACCAUGAACAGGACGAAAUGCAGAUAAGAGUUUCUGAGUCAUCUGAGGACAUUUGGGCAAAAAGUUUGCUGCCAUGUUAGAGACCCAUGAUUUUGUACUGUACCCUGUGCAUAAUAAAUAUUAUAAGUAAAAUUUUACAAUAAUUUUACUUUUUUUUUUUUAAUCAGCUGUCUUCAUGAUGUAUAUGUGAAUCAGUAGAUAUGACUAAUAAAUGCAGAAAUUUUUUA